AUGCCCACUCAACUCACACCUGGACAGGAUACCGCACCUGUCGGGUCAUUCCACUUCUGCGGUCGAAACAGAAGAAAUAAAACCCAAAACCUAAAACUGGCAACAUGGAACGUAAGAACACUCCUGGACUCCUAUGGCAGGACCGAAAGACCUCACAGAAGAACAGCACUGAUUGCGGCUGAGCUGAGGCGUUACAACAUCGACAUCGCCGCACUUAGCGAGACCAGGCUCCUUGAUGAAGGGUCGCUAAUAGAGGAAGGGUCCGGUUACACCUUCUUCUGGAAAGGCUAUCCCCUAGGUGGACAUCAUCUGCACGGUGUGGGACUGGCCAUCAAGAACACACUGCUACCAAGACUCACUGAAACGCCUGUAGGCAUCAGUGAAAGACUGAUGACCCUCCGUAUCCCCCUGGCGAAGAACCGCUUUGCUACACUACUUAGUAUGUAUGCGCCAACACUGCCAUCCGACACUGAGGUUAAAGACUCAUUCUAUCAGUCACUGGAUGAGGCUCUCCACCGGAUCCCCAAGACCGACAAGAUCCUCCUCCUUGGGGACUUCAAUGCUCGUGUGGGGCAGAGUGACAGGAUAUGGAAAGGAGUGCUUGGCAGGCAUGGUAUUGGUCAGGCCAACUCAAAUGGCAUGAGAUUACUUACUCUCUGCUCUGAGCACAACCUGACCAUAACCAACACCAUCUUUCAGCAAAAGACCAAAUACAAAACAUCAUGGAUGCACCCACGCUCUAAACAUUGGCACCUGAUUGACUAUGUCAUCGUGAGACGUUGUGACAUCAAAGACGUUCUCAUGUGCCGGGCCAUGAGAGGUGCAGAAUGCUGGACAGACCACCGGAUGAUCAUGGCCAAAGUCCACAUGAGCGUACGCCCCCCCAUACGGAAACAUGGGGCUAGUGGGAGACGCUUAGACUGUGCCCGUCUGAAAGAUACCAGCACAAGAAAUGAGUUUCGAUGCUCCCUGGCUGAAAAACUUGAAGAGCUUGAACUCAUCUUGAGUGGAGGGAAUGACACAGACCAGCAAUGGACCACUAUCAGCUCAGCCCUUCAUGAAGCAGCAGCCCACUCAAUCGGCUAUAAGACCAAAAACCACCAGGACUGGUUUGACAAUAACUCGGACACCAUCCGUAACUCACUGAACGCCAUGCACAAAGCACACCAGGAUGAUACGGUGGUGCUGCAGUGCACUGCAUCCAUCCUGAAGGAGCAGAUCAAACUGUGUCUGUCAUGCGAGGGAUUUGGAAACCGACUCUGCUUCCUGGAGACUACAUCGAAUGCCCAGAAUGUUCCUCCGGACCUGGCGAUCUGCUGCUUCAUCCUGGAGCAGUCUCUCUCUGUGCGAGCGCUGCAGGAGAUGCUGUCCAACACAUCGGACCUGAACGAGUCUUCCCAGGGAGGGGGUCAUCGUACAUUGCUGUACGGCCAAGCUAUUCUCCUUAGACACACACACUCCUCAAUGUACCUGAGCUGUCUGACCACCUCUCGCUCGCUGACCGAUAAACUGGCCUUUGAUGUGGGCCUUCAGGAAGACUCCACAGGUGAGGCGUGCUGGUGGACCAUCCACCCUGCAUCUAAACAGAGGUCCGAGGGUGAGAAGGUUCGUGUGGGUGAUGACCUCAUCCUGGUCAGUGUGUCGUCUGAGAGAUACCUGCACCUGUCCUAUGCCAGUGGUGAUCUGAUGGUGGAUGCCUCCUUCAUGCAAACCCUCUGGAACAUGAACCCAGUAUGCUCUGGCUGUGAGCUGGCCGAAGGCUACGUGACGGGAGGUUAUGUUAUCCGUCUAUUCCACGGUCACAUGGACGAGUGUCUGGCCAUAGCUGCAGCUGAGCAGGGAGAUGACCAGCGCAGGAACGCCCACUAUGAAGGAGGGACUGUCUGCAGCCAUGCUCGGUCGCUAUGGAGACUGGAACCCUUGCGCAUUGGCUGGAGUGGGAGCCAUAUAAAGUGGGGCAACUCGUUCCGUGUGCGUCACAUCACGACCGGACGCUACCUCUGCCUGGAGGAGGAGAAGGGGCUUCUUCUGGUCGACCCAGAGAAAGCCAACACCAAGAACUCAGCCUUCUGCUUCCGCGCAUCAAAGGAGAAGUCAGAGGCGGCCCCUAAGCGCGAGGUUGAGGGGAUGGGGAUCCCAGAGAUCAAGUACGGCGAGUCCAUGUGCUUCGUGCAGCACGUCUCCACAGGCCUGUGGCUCACCUACGCCUCCGUCGACGCCAAAUCCGCUCGACUCGGACCACUCAAGAGGAAGGCGAUCCUCCAUCUUGAAGGCCAUAUGGAUGAUGCUCUGACAGUGGCUCGCUCUCAGACAGAGGAGUAUCAGGCUGCCAGAAUGAUCUACAGCACCACUGGCCUCUUCAUGCAGUUCAUCAAGGGCCUGGACUCCCUAAAUGGUAAGAAUAAGUCGUCGAACCCCCCCGCGCUGCCCCUGGACUCAGUGGUGCUGCUGUUGCAGGACCUGAUCUUCUACUUCCGCCCCCCCCACGAGGAGCUGGAGCACGAGGAGAAGCAGAGCAAACUCCGCUCGCUCAAGAACCGACAGAACCUCUUCCAGGAGGAGGGCAUGAUCACGCUGGUGCUGGAGUGCAUCGACCGGCUGAACGUCUACAACACGGCGGCCCACUUCGCUGAGUGUGCUGGAGAGGAGGCGGCCGAGUCCUGGAAGGAGAUCGUCAACCUGCUCUACGAACUACUGGCCUCCCUCAUCAGAGGAAACAGGGCCAACUGCGCCCUCUUCUGUGAUAAUCUGGACUGGCUGGUCAGCAAGCUGGACCGACUGGAGGCCUCUUCAGGUAUUCUGGAGGUGCUGUACUGUGUUCUGAUUGAGAGCCCUGAGGUUCUAAACAUCAUCCAGGAGAACCACAUCAAAUCCAUCAUCUCUCUGCUGGACAAGCACGGACGCAAUCACAAGGUGCUGGAUGUGCUGUGUUCCUUGUGUGUGUGUAACGGUGUGGCGGUGAGGUCCAAUCAGAACCUCAUCACGGAGAACUUGCUCCCGGGCCGAGACCUUCUCCUGCAGACCAACAUCAUCAACUACGUCACCAGCAUGCGUCCCAACAUCUUCCUGGGCACUUGCGAGGGCUCCACGCAGUAUAAGAAGUGGUACUACGAGGUGAUGGUGGACCAUGUGGAGCCCUUCGUCACCGCCCAGCCUUUCCACCUGCGGGUGGGGUGGGCCCUCACCGAGGGGUACAGCCCCUACCCCGGCGGGGGCGAGGGCUGGGGGUGCAACGGCGUGGGGGACGACCUCUACUCCUACGGCUUUGAUGGGCUACACCUGUGGUCAGGGCGUGUCCCGCGGGUGGUGGCCUCGCCCAAUCAGCAUAUCCUAGCGGCGGAGGACGUGGUGAGCUGCUGCCUGGAUCUGAGCGUGCCCAGUAUCUCCUUCCGUAUCAACGGUCACCCGGUGCAGGGCAUGUUUGAGAACUUCAACCUGGACGGCCUCUUCUUCCCCGUAGUCAGCUUCUCCGCCGGGGUCAGGGUGAGGUUCCUCCUCGGUGGUCGUCAUGGAGACUUUAAGUUCCAGCCCCCUCCAGGCUAUGCUCCGUGUUACGAGGCGGUUCUUCCCAGAGACCGGCUCCGCAUCGAGCCCAUUAAGGAGUACAAGCACGACUUCCAGGGGGUCCGAAACCUCCUGGGGCCCACGCAGUCUCUCUCACACACCGCCUUCACCCCCUUCCCCGUGGACACCAUGCAGAUUGUGUUACCCCCCCACCUGGAGCGGAUCCGGGAGAAGCUGGCAGAGAACAGUCAUGAGCUCUGGGCAGUGACCCGCAUUGAGCAGGGAUGGACCUACGCAUCGUUUAGGGACGACAAUAAGAAGCUACACCCGUGUCUAGUGGACUUUGCCGGUCUGCCUGAGCCAGAGAAGAACUACAACCUGGCCAUGGCUGGGGAAACUCUCAAGACUCUCCUGGCCCUGGGCUGCCAUGUGGGUAUGGGUGAUGAGAAGGCAGAGGAGAACCUGAAGAAGACCAAACUACCAAAAACGUACAUGCAGACUAAUGGUUAUAAGCCCGCCCCCCUGGACCUGAACCAUGUGAAGCUGACGCCCAAUCAGAACACUCUGGUGGAGAGAUUGGCAGAGAACGGCCACAACGUCUGGGCACGAGACAGAGUGCACCAGGGAUGGACCUACAGUAUCGUACAGGAUAUCGUAAACAAGCGCAAUCCCCGCCUGGUGCCCUACAACCUGCUGGAUGAGAAAACCAAGAAGACCAAUCGGGAGACAGUAUUUGCUGCAGUCCGCACUCUGAUUGGCUACGGCUACAACAUUGAACCACCUGAUCAGGAGAGCAGUGGUGACGGCCCGUCGGGCGGCCGCAGUGAUAAGAUGCGUGUGUUCCGCGCGGAGAAGUCGUACGGGGUGACGCAGGGCAAGUGGUACUUCGAGUUCGAGGCGGUGACGGUGGGCGAGAUGAGGGUGGGCUGGGCGCGGCCCAACGUUCGAGCCGACAUGGAGCUCGGAGGGGACGACCUCGCCUACGUCUUCAACGGGUUUAAGGCUCAACGCUGGCAUGUGGGCAACGAGCCGUUUGGCCGUAGCUGGUUGCCUGGUGAUGUGGUGGGAUGCAUGAUCGACCUGGUGGAGCAGAACAUCAUGUUCACGCUUAACGGGGAGAUGCUGAUCAGUGACUCCGGCUCUGAGAUGGCCUUCAAAGACAUCGAGAUCGAAAACGGGUUCAUCCCGGUGUGCAGUCUGGGCUCGUCGCAGGUGGCCCGCAUCAACCUGGGCCAGAACGUUAGCACGCUGCGCUACUUCGCUAUCUGCGGCUUGCAGGAGGGCUUCGAACCCUUUGCCAUCAACAUGAAGAGGGACAUCACCAUGUGGUUCAGCAAGAGCCUGCCCCAGUUCGUGCCUGUGCCAACCGACCACGCCCACAUAGAGGUGUCCCGUGUUGACGGGACGGUGGACAGCGCCCCCUGUCUGAAGCUGACCCACAAGACGUUCGGCUCUCAGAACGCUAACACAGACCUGCUCUUCCUGCGCCUGAGCAUGCCCAUCGAGUUCCACGAGAGCUUCAAGGUGCUCGCGGGCAGCACGCCCCUCACCCGCGCCCCCACCAUCCCCGAGGACGAGGGGGUGCUCGACAUCGAGCCCGACUCCGAGUUCGAGCAGCUGAAGAAAUCCGCCGGCCGCAAGGAGCAGGACGAGAAGGAGAAGGAGGCGUCCGUGCCUAAGGAGGUGCCAGGAAACGGGAAGGAGAACGAGAAAGACACCACCACAGAGAAGAGCAAGAAGAAGGGGUUCCUGUUCAAGGCUAAGAAGGCUGCCUUCGUUACUCCACCUCCUGUUAUUAACGUGCCUCGUCUCAUGGAGGACGUCGUCCCUGACGACCGUGAUGAUGUCGAUGUCAUCCUCAGCACCACAACAUAUUAUUAUUCGGUGCGUGUGUUUGCGGGUCAGGAGCCCACUGGUGUGUGGGUGGGGUGGGUUACCCCUGACUACCACCAGUACGACCUCCACUUUGACCUCAGCAAGGUGCGCAACGUCACUGUGACCGUGGGCGACGAUAAGGGCAACAUUCAUGACAGUAUGAAGCGCAGUAACUGCUACAUGGUUUGGGGAGGAGAGUUCGGCAGCUCCCAGCAAACUCGCAUCAGCCAGGAGGACUUCAUAAUUGGCUGCCUGGUUGACCUGGAUACAGGCCUCAUGACCUUCACAGUCAAUGGGAAAGAAGUGAACGCCUUCUACCAGGUGGAGCCGAACACUAAGCUGUUCCCUGCUGUGUUCUGUCUGCCCUCCAGUCAGAACAUGAUGCAGAUUGAACUGGGCAAACUGAAGAACAUCAUGCCCCUGUCUGCGGCCAUGUUCCGCAGCGACCGCAAGAACCCGGUUCCACAGUGCCCUCCCCGUCUGGACCUCCAGAUGCUGACUCCAGUGAUCUGGAGCCGUAUGCCCAAUCACUUCCUGAAGCCCGACACCGGCCGCGUCAGCGAGAGGCUGGGCUGGAAGGUCGAGUGUAUGGAGCCUCUGACCAUGAUGGCUCUACACAUACCAGAGGAGAACAGAUGCAUAGACGUUCUGGAGCUGUCCGAGCGCAUGGACAUGCUGAAGUUCCACUACCACACGCUGAAGCUCUACGGCUCCGUGUGCGCCCUGGGGAACAACCGCGUGGCCCACGCCCUGUGCAGCCACGUGGACGAGUCGCAGCUGCUCUACGCCAUCGAGGACACCUACCUGCCGGGCCCCAUCCGCAGCGGCUACUACGACCUGCUGAUCAGCAUGCACCUGGAGUCGGCGCGGCGCAACCGGCUGAUGACCAACCACGAGUUCAUCGUGCCCAUGACGGACGCCACGCGCAGCAUCCACCUCUACUCCGACCAGGAGAAGGGCCACGCGCUGCCGGGGGUCGGACUCACCACUUGCCUGAGGCCCAAACUGCACUUCUCACCCACGGGGUAUAUAGGGACCAAUGCAGACCACUACACCAUCAGCCCCAUCAUACCACUCGAGAUCCUGAGGGAUAAGGCUCUGAACAUGCUGACUGAGGCGGUGCAGGACGGCGGUCAUGCCAUGCGUGACCAUGUAGGGGGCAGUGUGGAGUUCCACUUCGUGCCCAUCCUGAAGCUCACCAGCACGCUGCUGAUCAUGGGCGUGUUUGAGGACGAGGACGUCACACACAUCCUCAAGAUGAUCGAGCCCACCGUGUUCGGGGAGGAGCCUCACGCCGAGGAGGCGGGGACAGAGAAGGGGGCGGAGUCUAAAGCUACCCUGAAGGAGGCGGGGCAUGAACAGAAGGAGGAGGCUGAUGGCGGGGAGGUCGUGGACGAGGGGGUUGGAGAGGAAGAGGAGGAGGAGGACGAGGAGGAGGAAGAGGAAGAGCUGGAGGAGGAGCCGGAGGAGGCUGAAGAGAAGGAGGAGGGGCUGCAGGAGAAGAUGGACACAGAGAAAGGAGCAGAAGAGGGGAAGAAGGCGGGGCAGGGGGAGGGGCAUGGGGAAGAGGAUGGAGUGCAUGAAGGUCUGCUGCAUAUGAAGCUCCCUGAGUCAGUCAAACUACAGAUGUGCACCCUGCUGCAGUACUUCUGUGACUGUGAGCUGAGGCACAGGGUGGAGGCCAUCAUCGCGUUCUCCGACCAGUUUGUGACGGAGGUGCAGACCAACCAGAGGAUGCGCUACAACGAGCUCAUGCAGGCCUUCACCAUGAGCGCCGCCGAGACCGCCAGGAAGACACGAGAGUUCCGCUCGCCGCCUCAGGAGCAGGUCAACAUGCUGAUGAACUUUAAGAACAUCCCAGAGGAGGAGGACUGCCCCGUGCCCGACGAGGUCCGCAUCGCGCUGCAGUGCUUCCACAACGACGUGCUGGCUCACUGUGGAGUUCACGUCGGGGAGGAGGAUGUGGAGGAGGAGGUGGAUAACUCCCUGAGGGGGAGGCUGGUGCGUCUCCUGGCCAAGGUCAAGAACAUCCGCAAGAAGAAGGAGGAGACGGAACCUGAGCCAGAGGAGGAAGCCAAACCCAGCACCCUACAGGAGCUCAUCUCCCACACUAUGAUCCACUGGGCCCAGGAGUCGUUCAUCCAGAACCCGGAGCUGGUGCGGCUCAUGUUCAGCCUGCUGCACCGGCAGUAUGACGCGCUGGGCGAGCUGAUGCGGGCCCUACCCAAGGCCUACACCAUCAACGUGGUGUCGGUGCAGGACACCAUGGACCUGCUGGAGUGCCUCAGUCAGAUCCGAUCGCUGCUCAUCGUCCAGAUGGGCCCGGAGGAGGAGAGACUCAUGAUCCAGAGUAUCGGGGACAUUAUGAGCAAUAAGGUGUUCUACCAGCACCCCAACCUGAUGAGAGCCCUGGGCAUGCACGAGACCGUCAUGGAGGUCAUGGUCAACGUCCUGGGAGGAGGGGACUCUAAGGAGAUCCGUUUCCCUCGUAUGGUGACAAACUGCUGUCGGUUCCUGUGCUACUUCUGUCGUAUCAGCCGCCAGAACCAGCGCUCCAUGUUCGACCACCUGAGCUACCUGCUGCAGAACAGCGGCAUCGGCCUGGGAGUGCGUGGGUCCACUCCUCUGGACGUGGCGGCCUCUUCCUGCAUCGACAACAACGAGCUGGCACUCGCUCUACAGGAGCAGGACCUGGAGAUGGUGGUGAAGUACCUGGCAGGCUGUGGGCUCCAGAGCUGCCCGAUGCUGCUCGCUAAGGGCUACCCCGACAUCGGCUGGAACCCCUGCGGGGGGGAGAAGUACCUCGACUUCCUGCGCUUCGCUGUCUUUGUGAACGGAGAGAGCGUGGAAGAGAAUGCUAACGUGGUUGUGCGUCUCCUGAUUCGUCGGCCGGAGUGCUUUGGCCCCGCCCUGAGAGGUGAGGGGGGUAACGGUCUCCUGGCAGCCAUCGAGGAGGCCAUCAAGAUCUCAGAGGACCCAGCCCGAGAUGGACCCUCGGUCAAGAAAGACAGACGCUUCCCCAUGUUCGGAGGGGAGGAGCAGCAUGAAGAGAAUCGUGUUCACCUGGGGAACGCCAUCAUGUCAUUCUACUCAGCUCUCAUUGACCUGCUGGGUCGCUGCGCUCCAGAGAUGCACCUGAUCCAGGCGGGUAAGGGAGAGGCCCUGAGGAUCCGUGCCAUCCUGAGGUCCUUGGUGCCCAUAGAGGACCUAGUGGGAGUCAUCAGCCUGUCGGUGCAGAUACCCGACUUUGGCAAGGACAACAGCAUCAUUGAGCCCAAAAUGUCUGCAAGUUUUGUUCCGGAUCAUAAGGCCCCGCAGGUUCUGUUUCUGGACCGUGUGUACGGCAUCGACAACCAGGACUUCCUCCUACACAUGCUGGAGGUCGGAUUCUUGCCCGACAUGAGGGCAGCUUCUUCACUCGAUACGGCGGCGUUCAGCACCACUGAGAUGGCUCUGGCCCUGAACCGGUACCUGUGCUCAGCUGUGCUGCCCCUCAUCACCAAAUGCGCACCCCUGUUUGCCGGCACCCCUGGCCACCGGGCCAUCAUGAUCGACUCCAUGCUGCACACCAUCUACCGGCUCUCUAGGGGGCGCUCUUUCACCAAAGCCCAGAGGGACGUCAUUGAGGAGUGCCUCAUGUCCCUCUGCAAGUACCUGCGUCCGUCCAUGUUGCAGCAUUUGCUCAGAAGGCUGGUGUUUGAUGUGCCCAUCCUGAACGAGUACGCCAAGAUGCCCCUAAAGCUGCUGACCAAUCACUAUGAGCGUUGCUGGAAGUACUACUGUUUGCCCAAUGGCUGGGGCAACUUUGGGCUGGCAUCAGAAGAGGAGCUACACCUCACCCGAAAACUCUUCUGGGGCAUCUUCGAGUCACUCGCCCAUAAAAAGUUUGACGCUGAGCUGUUUAAGAUCGCCAUGCCGUGCAUCUGUGCCAUCGCCGGCGCCAUCCCACCAGACUACGUGGACGCCAGCUACUCUUCCCAAACCGAGAAGAAGGCGUCCGUAGACGCCGAGGGCAACUUUGACCCCAAACCCGUGGAGACCACCAACACCAUCAUCCCCGAGAGGCUGGACGGGUUCAUUAAUAAGUAUGCGGAGUACACUCACGACAGAUGGGCCUUUGAGAAGAUCCAGAACAACUGGACCUAUGGAGAAGUUCUGGAUGAAAAUGCCAAGACCCACCCAAUGCUCAGACCCUACAAGACCUUUUCAGAGAAGGAUAAAGAGAUCUACCGGUGGCCCAUAAAGGAGUCUGUGAAGGCCAUGCUGGCGUGGGAGUGGACGCUGGACCAAACCCGAGAGGGAGAAGAGGACAAGGCGGAGAAGAGGAAGAAGAUCUCACAGACAGCGCAGGCCACCUAUGACCCGAGCCAUGGUUACAGCCCACAGCCCAUUGAGAUAUCUCACAUGGCAUUGUCCAGAGAACUGCAGUCCAUGGCUGAGCAGCUGGCUGAAAACUACCACAACACCUGGGGACGCAAGAAGAAGAUGGAGCUGCAAGCCAAGGGAGGAGGCACCCACCCCCUGCUGGUUCCCUACGACACCCUGACGGCCAAGGAGAAGGCGCGAGACCGAGAGAAGGCCCACGAGCUGCUCAAGUUCCUGCAAAACUUCAAGCGAGAGGAGCAGAACUUUGUAGUCAUGAAUGAAAUAAACAACAUGUCCUUCCUGACCGCAGACAGCAAGAGCAAGAUGAGCAAGGCUGGGGGCUCGGAUGAGGAGCGUACCAAGAAGAAGCGCAGGGGGGAUCGCUACUCCGUGCAGACGUCUCUGAUCGUGGCCUCGCUCAAGAAGAUGCUCCCCAUCGGUCUCAACAUGUGCUCUCCCGCCGACCAGGAACUCAUCAACCUCGCCAAGUUACGCUACUCACUGAAAGACACAGAUGAGGAGGUGAGGGAGUUCCUACAGGCCAACCUACAUCUUCAGGGCAAGGUGGAGAACCCCUCAAUGCGCUGGCAGAUGGCGCUGUACAAGGAGAUGGCUGGGAAGGCUGAGGACGCCGACGUACCUGACAAAGUAGUCAAGAGAGUGCAGGAAGUAUCUGCUGUGCUCUACCACAUCGAGGUGACUGAGCACCCGUUUAAGUCCAAGAAGAUGGUGUGGCAUAAGCUGCUGUCCAAGCAGAGACGCCGAGCAGUGGUGGCCUGUUUCAGGAUGACCCCUCUCUACAACCUGCCCAGGCACAGAGCUUCUAACAUGUUCCUGGACGGCUACAAGCGUAACUGGUUGCACACUGAAGGCUUCUCGUUUGAGGACAGGAUGAUUGACGACCUGUCUAAAGCCCUGGAGGAAGAGGAGGAGGAGGAAGAGGAGAGGGAGACGAAGCCAGACCCUCUGCACCAGCUCAUCCUGCACUUUAGUCGCACAGCCCUCACGGAGAAGAGCAAGCUGGACAUAGACUACCUGUACAUGGCGUACGCUGACAUCAUGGCAAAGAGCUGCCACAUGGAGGAGGAUGCAGGAGGUGAGGAGGAGGAGGCUGAUGAAGAUGAGAUGUCGUUUGAGGAAAAAGAGAUGGAGAAACAGAGGCUGUUGUAUCAGCAGUCUCGUCUCCAUAACCGUGGAGCAGCAGAGAUGGUUCUGCAGAUGAUAAGUGCCUGCAAAGGAGAGACAGGCUGUAUGGUGUCCACCACUCUGAAACUGGGCAUCUCUAUCCUGAAUGGGGGCAACAUGGAAGUCCAGCAGAAAAUGCUGGACUACCUGAAAGAUAAGAAAGAUGUGGGCUUCUUCGUCAGCAUGCAGUCUCUCAUGGCCACAUGCAGUGUCUUAGAUCUGAAUGCUUUUGAGAGGCAGAACAAAGCAGAGGGUCUUGGAAUGGUUUCAGAGGAAGGAACAAGUGAAAAGGUGAUGGCGGAUGAUGAGUUCACCUGUGACCUGUUCCGCUUCCUGCAGCUGCUGUGUGAGGGACACAAUAAUGACUUCCAGAACUACUUGAGAACUCAGACUGGGAGCACCACCACCAUCAACAUCAUCAUUUGCACUGUGGACUACCUGCUCAGACUGCAGGAGUCCAUCAGUGAUUUCUACUGGUACUACUCUGGUAAGGAGAUCAUUGAUGAACCAGGGAAGAAGAACUUCUCCAAAGCCAUGGCAGUGGCCAAGCAGGUCUUCAACAGCCUCACGGAGUAUAUCCAGGGUCCCUGCACUGGUAACCAGCAGUCUCUGGCUCAUAGUCGUCUGUGGGACGCCAUCGUUGGGUUCCUGCACGUCUUCGCACACAUGAUGAUGAAGCUGGCGCAGGACUCCAGUCAGAUUGGUCUCCUGAAGGAGCUACUGGAUCUCCAGAAGGACAUGGUGGUCAUGCUGCUGUCUCUACUGGAGGGAAACGUUGUGAACGGCACCAUAGCACGUCAGAUGGUGGACAUGUUGGUGGAGUCGUCCAGUAACGUGGAGAUGAUCCUCAAGUUCUUCGACAUGUUCCUCAAGCUGAAAGACAUCGUGGCGUCGGACGCUUUCCGUGACUACGUGACGGAUCCGCGCGGCCUCAUAUCCAAGAAGGACUUCCAGAAGGCCAUGGACAGCCAGAAGCAAUACACGCCCUCCGAGAUCCAGUUCCUGCUCUCCUGCUCCGAGGCCGACGAGAACGAGAUGAUCAACUUCGAGGAGUUCGCCAACCGCUUCCAGGAGCCGGCCAAGGACAUCGGCUUCAACAUCGCCGUUCUGCUCACCAACCUGUCCGAGCACGUGCCACACGACGUGCGGCUCAAGAACUUCCUGGAGCAGGCCGAGAGCGUGAUCAACUACUUCCGGCCUUUCCUGGGUCGCAUUGAGAUCAUGGGCGCCAGCCGCAAGAUCGAACGCAUCUACUUUGAGAUCAGUGAGAUGAACCGGCGCCAGUGGGAAAUGCCCCAGAUCAAGGAGUCCAAGCGGCAGUUCAUCUUCGACGUGGUCAACGAGGGCGGCGAGAGUGAGAAGAUGGAGCUCUUCGUCAACUUCUGCGAGGACACAAUCUUUGAGAUGAACAUCGCUGCGCAGAUCUCUGAGAAGGACGAGGAGGAGCGGGGGGAGGAGGAUGACGAGGGGGAGGGCGGGGGUGAGGGCGGAGGCGGAGGCGAGGAAGGAGGAGGAGAGGACAGCCAAUCAGAAUCCAGCUCCGCCUUCGCCGACUUCAUCAACAGCGUCUUUAACUUCCUGGGCAUGUUUACCUUCCGGAACCUGCGUCGCCAGUACCGGCAUCUGCGUAAGAUGACGCUGAAGGAGAUGGUGGUGGCGGUGGCCACGUUCGUGCGGACGCUCAUCAUGGGCACGCUGCUCUUCAUCUUCAGCGUGUGUAAGGGCUUCUUCAUCCUGGUGUGGCACACGCUGUUUGGCGGGGGUCUGGUGGAGGGGGCCAAGAACAUCACCAUGACUGAAAUCCUGGCCAGCAUGCCGGACCCCACGCAGGACGAGGUGCACGGGGACGUGCCGGGGGAGGCGGGGGGCGGCGAGGAGCCGGGCGAGGCGGGGGGCUUCAGUGACUCCAUGGACCAGGGAGGGGGGGAGGAGGAGGAGGAGGACAGCCAGGACAAGGACGGGGGCAGGAUCCCGGGGAUAGACACCCCAGGAGGGCUCGGGGACAUGGGGGACACCGAGCCAGUGGAUCCACCCACCCCAGAGGGGUCGCCCAUCGCCAAGAGGAAGGUGGCACCAGGGCAGGAGGCGGGGCCUGAGCAGCCCCCAGCCGUUGAGGAGCCACCCCCAGAGCCAGAGAAAGCAGACACUGAGAAUGGAGAGAAGGCCCAGAAAGAGGCGGAGACUAAGGCACUGGAGGUGAAGGAAGAGGAGGAGCCUAAGGUGGAGAAAGCGGCCAAGGCCAAGAAGGAGAAGGCGGUCAGGAGGCAGGGGGGCUUUGACCUGUGGACCGAGCUGGACGUGCAGAGGAUCAAGUUCAUGAACUACCUCUCUCGGAACUUCUACAACCUGCGAUUCCUGGCCCUCUUCAUCUCCUUUGCUCUCAACUUCAUCCUGCUCUUCUACAAGGUGUCAGACUCACCUCGAGGUGAGGGUGAUGACCCGGAGGGCUCAGGCAUGUUCGAAGGCUCAGGCGUGUUCGAAGGCUCAGGCGUGUUCGAAGGCUCGGGCUUGUUCGAAGGCUCAGGCGUGUUCGAAGGCUCGGGCCUGUUCGAGAGCUCGGGGGAGGAGCUGGAGGGGUCUGGACUGGGCGGGGACGAGGAGGACGAGGAAGAAGGGCCAGUCUACUUCUACCUGGAGGAGAGCACCGGCUACAUGCAGCCUACCAUGUCCUUCCUGGCCAUCGUCCACACCCUCAUCGCCUUCCUGUGCAUCAUCGGAUACAACUGCCUCAAGAUCCCUCUGGUGAUCUUUAAGCGGGAGAAGGAGCUAGCGAGGAAGCUAGAGUUUGAUGGUCUCUACAUCACAGAGCAGCCAGAGGACGAUGACAUCAAAGGCCAGUGGGACAGGCUGGUGCUCAACACACCGUCUUUCCCUAACAACUACUGGGACAAGUUUGUCAAACGGAAGGUGCUGGAUAAGUAUGGAGAUAUCUAUGGCCGUGAGCGCAUAGCGGAUUUGCUGGGGAUGGAUCUGGCGUCUUUAGAUGUCAGCAAACAGCAGAAUCAGGAGAAAAAGCCUGAGGAGCCGGACAACUCCAUGUUCACCUGGAUCACGUCCAUUGACAUCAAAUAUCAGAUGUGGAAGUUUGGGGUGGUGUUUACAGAUAAUACCUUCCUGUACCUGUGUUGGUAUAUGAUCAUGUCCUUCCUUGGCCACUACAACAACUUCUUCUAUGCCUGUCAUCUGCUGGACAUCGCCAUGGGUGUCAAAACACUCCGCACCAUCCUGUCCUCUGUCACACACAAUGGCACACAGCUGAUGAUGACAGUGGGUUUGCUGGCUGUGGUGGUGUACCUGUAUACUGUGGUGGCCUUCAACUUCUUCCGCAAGUUCUACAACAAGAGUGAAGAUGAGGACGCGCCAGACAUGAAGUGUGAUGACAUGAUGACUUGCUACCUGUUCCACAUGUAUGUGGGGGUGCGGGCUGGAGGGGGUAUCGGUGAUGAGAUAGAGGACCCAGCUGGUGAUGAGUAUGAGCUGUAUCGCGUGGUCUUCGACAUCACAUUCUUCUUCUUCGUCAUCGUCAUCCUCCUCGCCAUCAUCCAGGGUCUGAUCAUUGAUGCCUUUGGAGAGCUAAGAGACCAGCAGGAGCAGGUCAAGGAAGACAUGGAGACUAAGUGCUUCAUCUGUGGGAUUGGGAGUGACUACUUCGACGCAACUCCGCACGGCUUCGAGACGCACACUUUUGAUGAACACAAUUUGGCCAACUAUCUGUUCUUUCUGAUGUAUUUAAUCAACAAAGACGAGACGGAGCACACUGGACAGGAGUCGUAUGUGUGGAAGAUGUACCAGGAGCGCUGCUGGGAUUUCUUCCCUGCUGGAGACUGUUUCAGGAAGCAAUAUGAGGAUCAGCUGGCCUAGGCUACACACACACACAUUGUUUUUCAUGUUUGACACACACACACACACACACACACACACAUAUAUGUAUACACUCUCAAAUCUGAACACACACACAUACUGUGACAUAUAACAUUAGACUAUAGAUAAGUGGAAUGUUUGAAUAGAAUGUUAAUUGAAUUGAGUUAGCUAAUACUAAGUAUUAAAUAAUGUUGAUGUUAUAUAUUUUGUUAAAUAUAAAAGAGGUGUUGCAUUGGGUUCAGUUUGUUUAUUGACUCUGCUUACUUCACUAUAACCAUUCUUAUGAUUGUUAUUAUCAUUAUGACUUGAUGACUAAAUCAUUCUGCAGAAGUCCUGAAACACAGAUGACAUGAUAUGGCUGUGUGUUGGAGCGGAACCUUGCUGUUGUCUUUGUAAUACAUGAGAGUACCACUAGAGGGCAUC